GGGGCCGGUGCCCCCCCCGAGGAUGCCGCUGGCCGUGCAGUGGCCGUUCCCCGCGGAGCCGUCGCGGCGCUGGGCCCUGGCGAGCCGCGUGGUCACGGGCCUGGUGGGCACCUACAGCUGCGUGUGGACCCGGGAAACCCCCCCCAAAUCCCGGAGUUUUUGGGGUGUCCCGGGGCUGUUUGGGGGUCCCAGCGCCCCCUCCCCACAUUUCCCCCCCAGGACCCCCACGGCCGCUGACAUUUGCUUCACGCGGGAGCUGCACGCGCUCUUCUUCAGCCUGGGGCGCUGCGUGCCCGUCUGCCGCGGGGACGGCGUUUACCAGCGGGGGAUGGAUUUUAUACUGGAGAAACUCAACCAGGGAGACUGGGUGCACGUGUUCCCCGAGGGUACUGGGAGCACUGGGAGGGGAGGGGGUCUCAGGGUGGGUUUUGGGGGUCUCAGGGUGGAUUUUGGGGUCCCACUGACCCCGUUUUCCCCCCAGCACAUCACGGUGGUCGUGGGGCGCCCCUUCAGCGCCCGGCCCCUCCUGGAGCGGCUGCGCAGCGAGGGGACCCCCACGGUGGAGCUCCGCAAGGCCCUGACCGAUUUUGUCCAGCGGGAAUUCGAGGCUCUGCGGGGCCACGCCCGGACCCUGCACCCCACCCCAUAACUGGGGACCCCCUGCCCCACAACUGGGGGGUUCCACCCCAUAACUGGGGGGUUCCGCCCCAAAACUUGGGGGUUCCACCCCAUAAUUUGGGGUUCCACCCCAAAACUCCGGGUUGUGCCCCAUAGCAAGACCCUCCUGCCUCAUAAAGGGGGAUUUUACCCCAUAAUUUGGGGUCUUGCCCCAAAACUGGGGGUCCUGCCCCACAGCAGGGGGUCCCUGGUGGAGUCCCUGCCCCACAGGGGGGUCCUGCCCCCAAUCUGAGCCCCCCAACUGUGCACGGUGCCAAUAAAAGGUGGAACCUC